CUGGAAUACAACGUAAUAGUAUAUAGACCAAAAAGUAAUAUAUAAGCGGCUACCUAACUGGAGUGUCUCAACGCUUUGCGGGGCUGAAAGAAGAUACAUCAUCGCUGUCAGUCCGAAUCGCAACAGAAAAAUGGCCAAUACCAUUUUACCAAUUCUGGCAAUUUCUGCGGUGGCAUAUUUUUUAAUUGGAUCAGUCACAGCGACGCCUAUCUUGAAGGCUGCGGCUGCCGUGGAAGGGGAAAUCUAUCGGGCCAGCACAAAUUUCGUAGCUGGAAAACCGCUGACUGAAGAAUUAUUGAAAGGAGAUUUUUCAAACAUUGGGAAAGAAAUGACGGACGAGUUCAUUCCGUGGGGCAAGCAAGAUCCCACACUUCACGAAGGUGACAUUAAGCUUUAUGGGGACAAAAAUGCUAUCUUGAGUAAAAGCUACCGUUGGCCCAAUGCACAAAUUCCUUAUCAAAUCUCAGCUGAGUACACGAGCGAUCAACGUAAAAUAAUCGCCUACGCCAUGAGCGCCUACCACAACAAUACGUGUAUCCGUUUCGUCCCACGAACCUGUGAAAAGAGUUACAUAACGAUUUCCAAAACUGGAAACGGUUGUUGGAGUUACGUUGGCAUGCUAGGCAUUUCAGCCCAACAAGUAAGCCUCGAUGAUGAAUGUCUCACCAGUCCGAGGCCAGGAGUAGCCAUGCACGAACUAAUGCACACCGCUGGAUUCUACCACGAACACACGCGUCCAGAUCGUGACACCUACGUGAAGAUCAACUUUACCAACAUUCAGCCACAAUACGCCAACAACUUCGAAAAAAAUUUAGCUUCACAGGUGACUACUCUUGGACUUGCUUACGACUAUGGCUCUGUGAUGCAUUAUCCUCAAUAUGUGUUUGCUAUUAACAAAACUUAUCCAACCAUCACUCCACUUAUUGGAAAGCCAGCAUUGGGACAACGAACAGGAUUCAGUUUGCUGGACCUCCAAAAAUUGAACGCACUGUAUUGCUCCGCAUCGAAAUAAAUGCUUGUGACGGGCGCACGAGAAUAAUUUGCAUCGAUCUGUUUCCCAUACGACUAUCGUAUCCUCCCUCCUUUGCAGUUUGAAUGGUGAUUUGGUGGCCAAUUUCGUCCACAGCUGAAAAAACAGCCUUUAAAAGCCCAACUUGAUACGAGUCCUUUAUUUGUUGUUCUGGUGAUUGAUUGUCUCACAUACAGUUUCAAUAAAGUUUGUUCACAAGAAAA